CCGACACGCUCAUCUGUGUUCACACCAGAGAAGAACAACACGGCAUCGGGUCAGAGAAAUCCUCCGUCACAUCAGAUUGAAGAUGUUAGCGAGCUGGUUAGCUGUCACGGCUCUUCUUGCUGCCUCAGCGAGUCCGGCAGCGGCAGACCGAGGGCCCCUGACCGUCGCUGCAACCUGCAGGGUCAAAGGUCAUCCAGAGCUGGAGCUGACUUUAAACUGUGGACACGGAGGAAACACAGCAGGUGUGGUCCAGUACUGGCACACCCCCUUUGGAGACCUGCGGGCCCCUGGACCUCCCAGUGAACUGGAUCCUGUGUUCAUGCACCCGGACGGGAGCCUGGUUGUGGCCAACAGCAGCAGCCUCCACAGCGGCCUGUACUACUGCCUCCUGCAGCACACAGAGGGAACCACACUGUGGCCGUACGAGCUCCACGUUGGUUCUCACCAUCAGGAGAACCAGGAACAUGAGAGCCAGGACCAGGACAGCAGCUGCAGGACGCUCAGGAUCAGGAGGAGCGCUGCGUCUGAAGAGGAGGAGAAGCCGGGGGGGGUUUCAGAUGGAGAGCUGGCAGGAGCUGUGGCAGCGUCGGUGCUGCUGACCUUCGUGUUGGGAUUCAGCGCUGGAGCUCUGAGCAGAGCUCAUGUUCUCAGGUGUCUGGGGGCGAUCCCUGCAAAGCUGCGAUCACUACGCCCCCCCGCCGUGCCACACCGUGACCCUGAGCUUUCCAUGAACACACUAACAUCCAUGUACGACAACGAGGCCACGGAGACGACAACUUCAACAACACACUCAUCUCCUCCUGUCAAACCCCAGAGGAGCUUCAGGCUGAAACGAGAGGAGCAGCAAGACAUCACCACCUACCUGGAGGGAUGUGACAACAUGAAGGAGGAGAAGAGAGGCAUGGAGGAGCAGGAGGAGCCGGAGGAGGAGGUGGAGCAGGAGGAGGAGGACAAGGCAGGAAGAAGUCUGGGGGAAAAUAAAGCAGGAAAGAAGGACGAGGAAAGAGAAGUCACUGUUCUUUAUCAAUUAGGAGACCAUGGAGGAAGUCAAAGUGAAACAGAUGAAGUCAAGUACAGUGACAAUGGAGAAGAGAGAGAUGGAGGGAGCAGGGAGGAGGAGGAGAAGGAUGCAGGUGAGAGGGAGAAUAGCAGGAGGGAGGAUGAAGAGAGGAGAGGAAGUGAGCAGGAGGUGGAAGGGAACAGGGAGAAAGAGAAUGAUGAGACAGAGGGAGCUGAAGGAGAAAUGGACAAAGACAUUUCUCAACAAUCAGAAACAGAAGAUGAGAAGCUGAACAGGAAAACAUCAGAGACGCAAGGAGGCAUCAUGGGAGGAGGAGGAGGAGGAGGAGGAGGAGGAGGAGAAGCUUUGUCCUCCCCGCCCUGUUCGGCCCGUCGCAGCCGCAUCAUUCGUCUUUACCAGUACGACGAGGACGGCCAUCGAUACGGCCACCUGCCUGACCCCGCCCCCGAUGAGCCAGUCCCCGCCCCCAGGCUGAAGCAGCGCUCCCUCUCUCUGACACGCCUCAACGCAAUCAUGGCCGCCGCCUCAGCAGGGCCGCUGGACGGGGGGGAGACGAGGGGGGAGGGGGAGAGGCCACACUUCCACAUGGAAAUAUGA